AUGGUCAUCUUUACGAAUUCAGAACGUUGCUUGUUACAGCAUGCACUCAUUCAUCGUUCGGAGUGGAUAUCGUUUGAACGAAUUGAUGUGUCGAACGAACAUCGAGACGAGGGCAGGCGAACGCUCGCCAAAAUUAAAUCGGAGGAUGAGACGAUCCCGGAGCCGCGCCUCGAAACCCGUGGCCUCAAAAAAAUGUUGAGUUCAGGGAGGAAAAAGUUCAUGGGCCACCCUUACGUGCAAGCUGCCGGUCAAGCAGCGAAUUCAGGGGCGAAAAAGGUCAUGAGGAACCCUUACGUGCGAACGGUUGGUAAAGCAGCGAAUACAGGGAGGAAAAAGGUCAUGGAUAGUAGCACCUACAUUAGUCUAAUGUCGGUCUUCGCGCCGGUUGGCAAAGCCGUCAAAAACCUCGAAAAGAUGACCGAAGACAAACUCAAGAAAGAAUUCGUCAAGAUGAUGAUCAACACUCCCCCGGACAAGAUCAAUAAGGUGCUGGCCAGCAAAAAAUUCCAGCCGAUCAUCAGACAGAUUGUGCCGAAGCAGAUAUACCCGACCCCUAGCAACUUCCACGACGACGUCAACGGGCUCUUCCUCCGAGCCCUGUUGUCCCAGGAGGAGGGGCCGAAAUUCCUCGAUUUGAUCAAGACAGUGCGGACGUGCAUGCGCGUCCGGAGAUCGGAGAACGGCCGGAUCGACUACUAUAUAAACAUGUGGAGAUUGAUGGUGGCCGGCGGGAAGCGUUACCUCCGGGAGGACCACCACGAGAUGCGCAAAAAGCUCCUCCACCUCAUCUCGGUCCUAAGAGCAUCCAAACAGAAGUACGGAGAGUACCCCGGGUCCUCGCCCGAGAGCCCCAAUACCAAGAGCCCUGGGGACUCCGGCCGUUCUGACGAAUUUAUUCCCUCCGACGGCUCCGAAUUUGAUGAUAGCGGUUCUGAGCAUUCCGGACGCUCCGAGAGUGAUGGCCACGCUGAGAAAUAUGACCGUCAAUUAUCUGGUCUAUCUGGUUCACCUUCUCUAUCUGGUUCACCUUCUCAUAAGAGGUCGUCGUCAUGGAAGAGAUGGCUGAGUUAUCCACGGAGGACAUGGAAAGGAGUCAAGUUAUACUACAAGGCCCCGAGACCGAGCGACGUUCACGACGGGUACAAAGGGCUCAUUUUGAAGGCCCUCAUGGCUCACGAGGAGGGCCCGCAGUUCCUGGACGCGCUGAGAGCCGUCGGGAAAAACGUCGAGGUCACGUGGAAAGAGGGGCAGAAGAACAGACCUCACUUCACUAUCCACCUUAUGGGCAUAUUAAAUUCGCCAGGGAUCAACCAUUUCAUGUACGAGGUCCCUGGUAUCGGAGGGGAGAUCCUGCGCGGCAUGAACCUCAAGCAAAAUGCCAGGGCACGUCAACAGUCGAUGUCAGAGGUGGAGGAGGUAGAAGAGGAGCAGGAGGUACAGGAGGAGGAGGAGGAGGAAGAGGAGGAAGAGCGUGCUGCUCAUAGGCGUACCUAG